AUGGAAGAACAAAGCAUCAAAUCUCUUUUUAGCUCUGCGGAACGUCAGAGAAAAGAACUCGAGUCCUCAUGGGACAGCAACACCGCCACUUACCAGCAGAACCUCGCCUCAGCUAUUACCACAUACGACGAUUGUCUCAAGCUUGCCGGUCGUCUAUCUUUCUUCAGCCCAAACGAAACGUUGGAGGACUUAACCUCGGGAGACCUCCAGUAUCUUGUCAUCAAUUACCGCCUCGCUGAACUGAUUCUCCGAACCUGCACUGAGAACCGCAAAAGCGUCAUUCAGAAAGCGCGGGAUGCCUACGAACGAUACCUCAGCUUGCUGGAUCACUAUGAGAUACUCAGCGGUCCUGACAAGAAAUCAUACCAAACAUAUACAGAGGACCCGACCUCUUUCUCCACCGUUUCGAUUACAGAUCCCAAUGCUAGACGAAAUGCGAAAAUAGCAAAUUUCAAACAGGAGAAGGAAUUAAAGAAGAAAAUCGAGUUUCUCGAGCAAAAUCCCGCCUACCUCCAAAACGAUGACGAUGCCGUUCGAGAGUUGCACCUAGCAAAUAUUACUUUAUGCACACACAACACCUUCCAACAACUCGAAUCCAUGAACCGUGAACUCGAAGUCCUCGCAAUGGCACCUCCUACACCUCCCGCUGGCCCAGAAAAUUUGGAACAGGAUUACAGAGAACGAAUGGGGUUGCGGGGUACAGAAGAUUAUUCCGAUCGCCUGGAUCGGCGAGAUAUGCUGUCCAGCAGCAACACUGGGCCCAUCUUAAGCCAAGGGGGCAAGCCGUUAAGGCCAUUUACGUUAUUGGAUAACAGACAAUCGCUGAAGGAUGGGGUGUUCAGAUCUGGUCAUAAUCUGCCGACUAUGACGAUUGAUGAGUACCUAGAAGAGGAGAGGGCUCGAGGUGGCAUAAUCGAGGGUGGCGGUGAGGCGAGUGGGAGAUCUCCAGAGCCUGAUGAGGAUAACUAUGAGAAAGCGGACGCAGAAACUGUGAAGGCUAGGGCAUGGGAUGAGUACGUAGAGGAAAAUCCGAAGGGCUCGGGAAAUACUUUAAAUAGAGGUUGA